AUACUGUAAUUUGGUUUUGUUUCAUUCUCUCAUUUUCUUUUAACUAUAACUAUGUUUUGAUUUGAUUCUUUUUUAGUACACUAGUUCUUCAAAGAAGCACGUCAUCAUAUUAUAUUGUGGGUCCCUUCUUUUCAAAGGGAAACACAUGGAAGUAAUUUUGGGAAGCCCAGAGCCUCACAAGUACAAUCUCGUUUUAUUUGAGAAGACACCAAUUUCCCACAAAAUUCGAGUCUUGAAACUAAAGAAAAGGCAAAAUCCAAAGAACAUUCUUCACAAAAGGUCUCAAUCCAAAACCCGAAUCUCUUUCUCUAGCAAUUCGAUAAAUCAGCGAUAUCGGUACAUAUCUCCCCUAAAUUCGGCUUCAAUUAAUGGAUACUCCGUACAAGAAGCUGAUUCUAGUGAGAAGCUGGGGGUGAAAUGGAUGGAAUUUGUUCGGAAUGUAUUUCCGGGCGGAAAUUGGUGGAGGCUUGAUGUGGAUGAUGUUGGAGUAACGGCAAAGCCUGUGACUGUUGUGCGUGCUCUUCAUAGAAUGUGGGAAUUGAUAGCUCAAGAUGGUUUGCUUAUUCUUGCUGCUUUUACUGCACUCAUUAUUACUGCUUUAUCAGAAAUUAGUAUCCCGCAUUUUCUGACAGCAUCCAUCUUUUCGGCGCAAAGUAGCAGUAUCACAGUGUUCCACCGGAAUGUGCGCAUCUUGGUAGUGCUCUGCAUCAUUUCCGGAAUAUGCAGUGGUGUGCGAGGUUGCUUUUUUGGGCUCGCAAAUAUGAUCCUGGUCCAGCGAAUGAGGGAAAAAUUGUAUUCCACUCUUCUUCUUCAGGAUAUAUCCUUUUUUGAUUCUGAAACAGUUGGUGAUUUGACAAGUAGGCUAGGGGCAGAUUGUCAACAAGUCUCUCGCGUAAUUGGAAAUGACCUAAAUCUGAUUUUACGUAAUGUUCUCCAGGGAACAGGUGCUUUAGCUUAUUUGUUGAUUUUGUCCCCACCACUGGGAUUGUGCACAUUGGUUAUCUGCUGUGCACUUCUUACGAUAAUGCUGUUGUAUGGCCAAUACCAGAAGAAAGCAGCUAAAUUAAUUCAGGAGUACACUGCUUCUGCAAAUGAAGUUGCCCAAGAGACAUUCUCCCUCAUGAGGACUGUACGAGUGUAUGGAACUGAGGAACAAGAACUGGGAAGGUAUGCACGGUGGCUAGGGAAGUUAGCUGAUAUAAGCUUGCGUCAAAGUGCUGCUUAUGGAUAUUGGAACUUUAGCUUCAACACACUCUAUCACUCAACACAGGUUAUUGCUGUGCUGGUAGGAGGAAUGUCAAUUCUGGCUGGUCAUAUUACAGCAGAACAACUUACAAAAUUCAUAUUGUACAGUGAAUGGUUGAUUUAUUCUACAUGGUGGGUGGGGGACAAUUUAUCAUCAUUGAUGCAGUCUAUUGGGGCAAGUGAGAAAGUUUUUCAAUUAAUGGAUCUUAGACCUAGUGGUCAAUUCGUUGACAAAGGAGCCAAGUUAAAAGGAUUAGCAGGACGCAUUGAAUUUGAGAAUGUUAGCUUCUACUAUGCUUCAAGAGUGAAGAUGCCAGUACUUCAACAUAUUAACUUCGUGGUGCAUCCGGGUGAAGUAGUAGCACUUGUUGGUCUAAGCGGUAGUGGGAAAAGCACUCUGGUGAACCUGCUCCUUCGGCUUUAUGAGCCAAUGAGUGGGCAGAUAUCUAUUGAUGGCUACCCACUUAGAGAUUUGGACAUCAAGUGGUUGAGGGAAAGAAUUGGAUAUGUGGGACAGGAGCCUAGACUUUUCCGCAUGGAUAUCAGCUCAAACAUAAGAUAUGGCUGUAGUAGAGAUGUCAAUCAACAAGACGUAGAAUGGGCUGCUAAGGAGGCUGCUGCCCAUGACUUCAUUUCAUCUCUACCCAAUGGCUACCACACAGUUGUUGAUGAUGAUUUGCUCAGUGGAGGCCAGAAGCAGCGAAUCGCAAUUGCUAGAGCCAUUCUUAGGGAUCCAGAUAUCUUAUUACUUGAUGAAGCCACUAGUGCUCUAGAUGCAGAGAGUGAACACAACGUUAAGGGUGUGCUUCGUUCUGUCAGAAGAGAACUGAACUCAAAGAGAACUGUCAUAGUAAUUGCACACAGGCUUUCGACAAUCCAAGCUGCUGACAGAAUAGUUGUGAUGGAAAGUGGAAAAGUUGUUGAGAUGGGUGGCCACAAAGAGCUUCUCCUAAAGGAUGGCUUGUAUGCUCGAUUAACAAGAAGACAGGCUGAUGCUGUGGCAUGAACUCUUGUUAACUGACAUAAAUGUUCUGGCGGAUUCUUUGACCAAGUACGUUCCUGAUUGGACGCUGCAGAUAGGUUGGUGUUUUUUCUUUUCGAGCAAGUUUAGCAAUGUAUAUGCACCAGAUUAGGUAUAGGCUUCAGAAUGAAAAAGGCAAUACAAGAUUAGUUGCAGACAUUGCAGUUCGACCAUCUCAGGUUUUCUCGUGAGAAGGUUGGCUUCAAAGAUUCUGCUGCAUCACCGGCCAAAGCUGUAACCAUUGAGUUUUGACAGCGAUUGAUGCAUAACUGGUUCAAGGGGUGNAACUUGUUCAAGGGGUGCGAGUAAUAUAUAACCUGUUCAAAGGGUAUAGAUAGCAGAUAUGUUUAUCGACAAAGAGCAGGUACUGUUGCUACAAAGUUACAGAAAAAACCCAUCAAUAAACCAAGGCCCAUUGUGUGAGGCUCGGCUCAUAUUUUCUUCUUUUAGGAAUUCGACUAUGUAGAAAUCCUCACCAAGAUCAAUCAACGGAAAAUCCUCGGUUGGCUUCCAUAACUGAAGAAUCUUUUGUUUGAAAUAUUGAUGUGCUAUUCUCUUUCCAAAUAAUUUAAUGAUUACUGAUAAUUUCCAUGAUUGAUAGAUUCAGGGUUUUUCCUCCGGUGAUAGUAUUAUGACAUAUUGUUCUUCACUUGGUUGAAGAUCUUUCUGUGA